AUGAUCUAUCACUAUCCAACUCAAAAGGCGCCUCUCAAAAUCCUACAGUUAAAUGUAGGGCACGCGCCAGACGCACAUGAAAUAGCCCUCACAUUGGUAUAUACUAGCGACAUCGAUAUUAUCCUAAUCCAAGAACCAUAUACAUUUAAAGACCUCAGCCAACAGAUCACUAAAAAAUAUCUAUUAUAUGAAUGCUUCUCCCCAACUGAUAGCUGGGUAAUAAGUGGCCGACCACGAGUCCUCACCUAUGUCCAAAAGAAGAAAGGCAUCCAGACCUCCCAGCUACGCCCCUUUACAACUGACACUAAAGAAGCCUCGGAUCUCCUGUUCCUUCAGAUUUUUUCGCCUAUAGGAAAGUCUGCUCUGAUAGUUAACAUCUAUAAUGCCCCAGCAGGCUGCAGCAGAGCAGGUGAAGCCGCAAAAGCUCUCACAACCCUGCCAGAGGCAUAUUUCCCUCAAACAACGAUACUUGCAGGCGAUCUCAACCUACUACAUAACAGAUGGCAACCCUCGCUACAAUUACUCAUUUCCGACAUAGACUAUCCCACACAUGAAAGGGGUAACAUGUUAGACAUUAGUUUCGCCUCAAGCCCUCUGGCACUCGCAGGAGCUAAAGCUAGCAUAGCGAGCCACUUAGAUGCAACCUCAGAUUAUCAACCACUAAUCACUACUGUUCCAUGGGAUCAGAGAUACAAGGAAACAGCCCAGAAACUGAGAUUUGACAUAGUAGACCACACCUCCUUCCUCUCGCUCCUCGCCUCUAAUCUCGCUGGCACUGAGAGCUCAGCCACAAUAGAAGAAGAUCUUGAUGCCCUUACUGAAAAACUAACAUCUGCAAUUCAAGGAGCAUAUAGAGGCUCUGCUAAGAGCACCAUAACACAAGACAUAGGACAACUAUGGUGGAAUGAAGACUGCAAGAAAGCUUUACACAAUUACCGCUUAGGCCUCUGCUUAAAGAUAGACUUCCGCAGGAUAACAAGAUAG